AUGCCGCAGCCGGUGAGCACCAUGCGGAUUGUUGGCUAUGGCAUGACUGCGCUGGGGAAGCUGGGGCGUAGCGCCAGCGAGCUGAUGCGGGAGGCCUUGCAGAAGUCCUUGCGCUCCGCGGGACUGCAGAUGAAGGACUUGGAUGGCCUGGUGGCGGUGCCCUCGCUGUCCCAUCCGCACUUCAUGGAGGCUCACUACCUUGCCACACAGGUGGGCUUGCUGCCACACCGGGGCCCUGGCAGCGUGCGGGUGCGCACCAUUGACACCGGCGGCGCUGGGCCCGUCUCAGGGCUCUUGGAGGCGGCUCGGAUGGUGAAGGACGAGCGCUGUCAGGCGGUGGCGGUGGUGGCGGGCGACGCCGUCUCCUCGCUGGCGACGCCGGAGUUCCUGGCACGCGCUGAUCAGGGCUGCCGGGAUCCCGAGAAUUCCUUGCCUUCGCCCUGCAUCCCCCACGGCUACGACCAGGUGGCACAAUGGCAGCUCCGGCAGGGCCUCCUGAGCCGAGAGCAACUGGCCAUGGUCUCGGUGCUCAUGAGCCGCCAGGCGGCCAAGCAUCCUUUGGCACUGACGCGAAAAGCUCAUAGCUUGGAGGAUGUGCUGAGAUCCAGGAAGAUCGCCCCUGCCACCAACCUCCUGGAAUGUGCCCGGCGUGCGGAUGGGGGUGCCGCGAUCAUCGUGGCCAGUAGCAACUUCAUGGAUGAGUACAUGGGGCACGACUUGGUGAGUAGCGAGGACGGUGUGUCCAGCGCGCGGCUGGGCCCUGUGGCUGCGACCGGUGGCCUGGUGGUGUUGGGUGGUGGAGAGGCCUCGGGGCCGCUGUACCCACCAGAGGAGAUUGAUGAGAGCAUGUUCAGCUGUGAGGCCGCCGCAGCCUCGGCCUUCUCGGAAGCGCAACUCCUCCCGGAGGAUCUCCAGUGGUUUGGCCUCUACGACUGCUACCCCAUUUGCUUCCUCCGUGCGCUGGAGGCCUGCGGCGUGACGCCCAAAGGCACCGCGGGCGCUUGGGUGGAAGAGAUGUUCUGGAAGACGGAGUCGGGCUACGAUGCGGGUGACUUCCCCAUCAACACCCAUGGCGGCUUGCUCGCCUUUGGUGCCCCCUGGGAGGUGCCGGCCAUGUACAACAUCAUUGAAGCCUGCGAGCAGCUCAGGGGCACUGCCACGGGCCGUCAAGUGCCGUCGGUGCGCCGAGCGCUGGUGUAUGGCAACGGGGGGAUCUUCUCGCACAGCGCGGUGGCGAUCCUGGCGCAGCCGGUGGACUGA